UACAAUUCCAACAACAUAAGAAUAGGAUUUGUUUUGUUCUGUGUUUUGAUGAAAUAAUUAUUUUCUCCAUUAAUAUAUAUUUAUAUAUAUAGUGAUGAACUAAUAGUCUGUUUUCUCUGAGGUCACGCGGAGUUGCAUAUAUGGAUUGAUCAUUAUUAUUCACAUCGAUAUGAUCCAUCAGUCAGCAAAUCAUCUUCAUCCUUAAUUUCUUCUUUCAUAUCAUCAAAUUAAAUCAAUCUUUUCCAUUUCUUCAAAAUAUUCAUCCCUUCCAAGACUUCCUUUAACUCUUAACCCAAGACUCCAUUUUUCAGAUCUCCAGUUCUCCAAAAUUCCCUCAAUCCGAAGAUCACAAAACCCUAAUUCCGACAUAUCAAGAACUGGAUCAUCAUCAAAGCCAAGAUUGAACAAUAUCUGGGCCAAUCAAGAAAUGCAAGACCCAUCGUCUUCCCUGCUCUAUUCUCAGAUCAAAUCACAAUUCCCAGAACAAGAACAGCUGAAAUGCCCUCGAUGUGAUUCCACGAACACCAAAUUCUGCUACUACAAUAAUUACAAUCUCUCCCAGCCCCGACACUUCUGCAAGAGCUGCCGCCGCUACUGGACCAAGGGCGGCGCGUUGCGGAACAUCCCCGUCGGCGGCGGCUCCAGGAAGCACGCCAAGCGGGCCACCUCCUCUUCCUCCGCUGUCAAGCGGCCGGCGCCGGCGCCGGCCCCGCCCGCCGCUUCGAAAAACGACGACGCCAAGCCCAGUAAUGGCGAGACCCGCGAAAGCCUUCCUGGAGGGCAGUUUGGUAAUUUCAUGGAUUCGGCGGCGGCGAGUGGGAGCUUCAGCUCGUUGCUGGGGUCUGCCGGCGGCCAGUUUGGUAACUUCUUGGAUGGGCUCGGGCCGGGUGGCCCGGCCCUGCAGAUGACCGACCAUUUUGGGGAUCCGGGUUCGGGUCCGGAUGUGGAUCCGCAGACGGUUAGGUUCCUUGACGGAGAUGAAGGUGGUAAUGGUUGGAGUGGCAAUAGCAAUUCUUGGCCUGAUCUUGCUAUGUACACGCCAGGUUCAAAUUUUCAGUAACACAGGUUUGUGCUACCUUGUUAUCCAUCUUAUUUUUGAACUAUAUAAUUUAUAAUCUAAAAUAUAUAGAUGAAAAUAUAGCAUAUGUAUAAAUGUUGUUUAUAAUACAGUAUUAAAGUCUUUAUCCAUAUAAUUAAUUUC